AUGAGUGCUGUGACUUAUCUCGGUCAUUCCGGCUCCGCCUUAUCCAAACCGCAAAUUGCAUUGGUUAUUGCCCCAUCUUUCAUUCCCAACGGCUACAAUCAAGCCAAUGUCGGUGGUCUCCUUACGGAAUCCGACUGGGUCAAGACCUUCCCUGAGAUCGAUACGGUUAAGACUACUGGGUUGUAA